AUGGCAUGCUGGAGCAACGUGGCAAAUCAAAAGUUCACUGCAAACCGCGUAGUUGUCAAAGCUAAUCUCGGUGUCUCCUUUGCCAUGUUUUUGAGUGAAGCCUGGGCGGAGUUCGCCCUUUUUGGUGUUUUCCUCGCGACGGCUAUUCACGUCAUAGCUUGUAUAUGGUAUUUGGUUGCUCGAGCGGAGGAUUUCUCAUUGCGAAGUUGGCCUCGAAGACAGCUGAGCUCCUUUGACGAAAGCUGUGAUGAUUUCCAAUAUCUCGACACGGAAUCGCUUGUGAAUCAAUGCAUACGGCCACUUGGUGUCAGAUAUGUGGCCUCAGUGUACUGGGUGGUCACUACAGUAACAACGGUUGGCUAUGGUGAUAUCACUCCUAAUACUGCACUAGAAUAUGAACUCUCACAGGUGUUCGCCAUGGCGAUCAUGUGUUUGGGCGUGGCCGUUUACGCCCAGAUCAUCAGCCGUGUUGCUAAUGAACUUAUGCUGGCGCAUACGGAAACAGACACUUCUUUGAACCCGCAGCAGGUCGCGACUAUCAUGGGCACAUUUCCGAUGGAGGUACGCACUAAACUAGCAUACUCUAUGCACGGCGGUCGGCAUUUAAGUCUGGACAUCUUCUCGGACUCCCGCAACAAGAAUGCUCUGAUCUGUCAUCUCGCGCCUCUACUACAGCGAGUAGUGAAGCGACCGAUGGAUGACAAAAACGGCCUGAUAUGGAAAGAAGGUGACAUCGCGGAUCAAGUCGUGUUUGUUGUGAGAGGACAAGUCGGUGUCGAGGCACCGUUGGAGAAUACACAGGAGGAAACUAAGGGAAAUGCCCCGCGACCACCUCUGUGGUUCUAUAAGGAAGGGAGCUACUUUGGUGAAGUCGAGCUAUUCUGUCAGGAGCAUCGGCAGUUCACCGUUAGAGCCUACAGUGAUGCAGAGUUGUUUGCCUUGGAUGCGGCCGCGCUGUUUCGUGAGUCCUCGAUGAAUGUUAAGAUCGAGAAGGACGUGGCGUUAGUGACAUGA